UUCUUUUCAUUGCAUACAGAAAGUAGAAUAAAGUGCGAAUUUCUUGAAGAGAAAGAAAGCGAAAUUCUGCAGAAAUAUUUAGGUCUUCUUGGAUCUCAAUCCAAAAGCGUACGGAGGGAGGAGGAUUUGAUUUGGAGGAUUCAUUCGGGGAUGGCGCGAAGCGUGUCGUACGUGUCGGCGGCGAAGCUGGUGUCCAUGGCGCGGGGGAACCGGGUGGCCGUCAUCGACGUCAGGGAUGAGGAGAGGAGCUAUCAGGCGCACAUCGCGGGGUCGCACCACUUCGCCAGCGGCAGCUUCGCGGCGCGGCUGCCGGAGCUCGUGCAGGCCACCAGCGGCAAGGACACCCUCGUCUUCCACUGCGCGCUCAGCCAGGUGCGAGGUCCGUCCUGUGCUCGGAUGUUUUCAGACUAUCUAUCAGAGUCCAAGGAAGAUUCGGGGAUAAAGAACAUCAUGGUGCUUGAACGUGGGUUCAAUGGAUGGGAGAUUUCUGGCCAACCCGUGUGCCACUGCAAAGAUGCUCCUUGCAAAGGCACAUGCUCUUGAUCUUCUGGGCUACCAUCUGGUCCAUUUCUACUCAGCUUUUGAAUGAUCUGCGAUUCAGCAUCGCUGCUGAGCUAGUCCUUUCUCAUUGAUAUGUUGAUGCAUAACAAUCCAUUGAAUUCCGCAAUGGCAUGUCUUGAAACAUUUCAUUUACAAAUACAUGACAUCUUUUUUCAGAUGAUAUAUGUAUACGGUAUACCUAAACUGUUACAUGCA